GUCAAUGUCAAAACAUGAAAAAUAUUUUAAAUUCCAAAAAUAAUACAUAAGAUUAGCCAUAAAAAAAUUGAAUAUAAAAUGCGUUAAAAAUACAGAUUAUUAUGUUGUGACCCUGGCAUUAAUUUGCUGCCACAAGAGUCACUUGCCGGCGUCUUGAUGUGGUUCAAAAGUCUGUUUAGAUCAGUCAUCGUUGGUCUGCCAAUCGGCGUAACCUUUCUAGACACCGUUGGUUAUGUAGCUAGAGUCGAAGGUGUUUCUAUGCAGCCAGUACUUAACCCUGGGUCACGGAAUACGGAUUAUGUGUUUCUAUCACGAUGGGCAGUCAGAGAGUAUGACAUAAAGCGGGGUGAUAUAAUUUCUCUUAUAUCACCCAAGGAUCCGAACCAGAAGAUAAUAAAACGCGUGGUGGCGCUUGAAGGUGACGUUGUGAGCACACUGGGUUACAAGAAUCAGUAUGUGAAGAUCCCUGAAGGGCACUGUUGGGUGGAAGGGGACCAUACUGGUCACACUUUGGACAGCAAUACAUUUGGUCCCGUUUCGUUAGGUUUAGUCAAUGCAAAAGCAGUUGCUAUUGUGUGGCCUCCGGAAAGGUGGCAGAACCUCGAAACCAAGCUGCCAGAAAACAGAAGACCCAUAACCAGGUCACUAUAGGUUAAUAGUAAAUUUUAAAUUGAAUUGUUGUGUUGUAGUCAUAGGCGUUUUAAAGUGCUAAAUAAGUUAUGAACUAUUCUGGAUGUUGAACGGUUGAAGGCUAGUUAGUUGAAAGUAUUGUUAAUGCUGUAAAACAUUGUAAAUAAUAAGAUACAAUGCAAAAUUGUACUACUGAUAUUGUAUUAAGGUCUCUCUAGUCUAAUUUUAUACUGGAGCAACUUGAUGAUGACAGCCAUGGAAUAAUUUAUAAUAUUGUACUUACUGAGUCACUGAAAUAUUUAACAGUCCAAUUUGAGAAAAUUAUGAAAUUACAAAAUUGUAUAAUUUAUAAGAUGCAAAUGAAAAGUCCUGUUGUAAAAGUUUAAUAAAAGUUUUUUAAAACCA